AUGGUAACGAAGGUGGAAGAAAGUAAAUCUGAUGUUUUGAGUACCUUCAAUCAAAGAUUUUAUGAGAAACUGCCUAAAAACAAUUCGCAUUCUUUAGAACGAUCAAAACACAUUUAUUACGAGAGAGAACACUAUGGCAAAGAACUGAAUUACUCAGAACAUUUAUUAGAGCUCUCUUCGGCAAAAAAACGUAAGCUAACACGUGGGCCAUAUACCGACACUUUGUUAACUACUGAUACGAGUUCAGAAGAAGGAGAUUUCAGCAGAAAAACUGGAAAGCAAAGACAAGCCGCGAAUGCUCGCGAACGUGAUCGAACCCACAGUGUGAACACAGCAUUUACGACUUUAAGAACACUAAUUCCAACAGAACCUGCUGACAGAAAACUCUCAAAAAUUGAAACUUUACGUUUGGCAGCAAGCUACAUCGCCCAUUUAGCCACAGUACGAUCGUUCCGAGCACGUGGUGAUUUCAGCGAACAACCCUGCCUUAGGUAUCGAUGUCACCUGGAGAAAGUAACAGCGGAGAGUUCCAGUUGUGGUUCUAGUACAGAUUCUCGCUCACUUUGUACUUUCUGCUUGGCUGAGAGUAAAAGAACGAGAUCGUCUAGAAGCCACCAAACUUCCAGCGCUCAAAAAGACAUCACUACACUCAAUCUUUACGUCACAAGGUGAUAUAAUACGACUGGUUCCAGUGUCUUUUAUAAAGUGUCUUACUGAAAUAUUCCAUGACAGAAUAAAGAAAAACGUGUAUUUCCGAGAAUGUUUAAUAAUACCCUUCAUUGCGUUUGAGCAGUUUUAACCCUAAACGUGCUUGGAAUAAUGACAAAUGUGUAUGCACAUUAUACAGAG